AUGGAAACGAUUCGAACAGAGACUGGGUUCUGGGUAAAAAAAAUCAAUUUAUUGAUCAAUAAUCAAUACUGCCAAGGUGGGAGCUUGCAAGCUGUUGUGUCUGAAAAUGAGAGACUUGGUCGUUUCUUCGAAGAGCCAGAACUCAAGAAUAUGCUCCUGCAAAUCUCCCUGGGACUGAAGUAUAUCCAUCAAUCAGGCCUAGUGCACCUGGACAUCAAGCCCAGUAACAUCUUCAUCUGUAGAAAAGACAAGGAUGAUGCUCCAUGUAUCCCAGAAGAAGGGGAAAAUGAAGAUGACUGGUUCUUUUCUGCUAAUGUGAUAUAUAAAAUUGGUGAUCUGGGCCUUGUGACUUCAAUCCAGAACCCCCAAGUAGAGGAGGGAGAUAGUCGCUUCUUGGCCAAUGAAAUUUUACAAGAGGAUUAUAAAUACCUUCCCAAAGCUGACGUGUUUGCCCUUGGAUUGACAAUUGCUGUGGCAGCAGGGGCAAAGUCAUUACCCCGCAAUGAUGAACCUUGGCAUCAUAUCCGUCAGGGGAAUCUUUCAGAUCUCCCGCAGGAACUCUCUGAAGACUUUUACAAGUUACUUAAGUGUAUGAUCCAUCCUAAACCAGAAGAGAGACCUACGGCAGCAUCUUUAACUAGGAACACAAUCCUCAGACCUUCUUUGAGUAUGACUGCAAAGCUUCAGAAGGAACUGGUUAGAGAAAAGUUCAAGACAGCUGAGUUAGAGAGGGAACUAAAAGAAGUUCAACGUGCUCAGAGCCUUCUAGAAGAUACCAGCCAAAGCUCUCCUGGAUCCCUAGGGGUCAUUGCAGAACCUGGGUCAAGUAGCUCCAGUAGAUUAGUGGGAAGAAAAACCAGAAGGUCACGCAGUUUCACUUUUGGGAAAUCUGAGUGA